CGAUUGCAAAUAGUGUGCAGGUUUGAAUUAUUGGUUACACAGAGCUUCGGGAUAAAUUAUCCGGAUGGUCAGAUCGAACACAGCCAACAAUUCGAAAAUGGCUGCUCUCUCCCAGCGCUAGAACUACAUGCGGAAAUGGACUUGCAACAUCACGGACGAUGUCGCUUGUGACAAGGCGUUCCGCCACUCGAACGACGGAUUCAAGGCCCAUGUACAAACGGUACAUGUCUUGGAAUGGCCGCGCCAUGGCCGUACCCUUUAUGGCCUAAAGAUUGACGCGCCGCCGCUCGCUCCCGUUGUGGCCCCAGAACCUCUUCGUCCUUCCGAUGUCCCACUUGGUGAGGCCAUUGGCCGACUCCAGGUGCUUGUGGAACACAACUGUGUUGCACAGGCCUCGUUUCUGAUUCUUCUUCGUGUAGCCCGUCGCCUUGGCGAGGAUAUUCCGGAGCUGGAAACUCUAAUUUCUUCUCUGAAGGAGCCGUCUACCGAAACCGUUGUAGAGCCAGCGGACAUUCCAGCAAACCUCCGGAGCACGCGUCCAUCCUCGAAGAAAGGACCGGCAGCUAAGAAAGCUAAGAAGUAAUAAAGUGUAUUUG